AUGAGCAUUAGAACUGUUAUAAUCGGAACCGGACCGAAAUUGAUAAUAAGAUCCUGUGGGGAGAAGUCUCCACUCUCAAAAAGAAGAAUGGGGACAAAGAAUAUUUGUCUUUUGGUGUUAUGUUUACUCUUUGUGAUAGCAUCAAUGGUGGAUGCUGAUACUUCACCUGUAACAGUGAAGAAGAUAAAGGGGAAGAAAGUAUGUGAUCAGGGUUGGGAAUGUAAAGGGUGGUCUGAAUAUUGUUGUAAUCUGACAAUAUCUCAAUAUUUUGAUUAUUAUCAAUUUGAGAAUGUUUUCUCAAAGAGGAAUAGCCCUGUGGCACAAGCUGCAGGUUUUUGGGAUUUCAAGUCUUUUAUUAUUGCUUCAGCUAUUUAUCAGCCUCUUGGAUUUGGUACCACUGGUAAUAAGACAACUCAGAUGAAGGAGAUUGCUGCUUUUCUUGCUCAUAUUGGAAGUCAAACUUCAUGUGGAUAUGGAGUGGCAACGGGUGGGCCCACAGCAUGGGGAUUAUGCUACAAUAGAGAAAUGAGCCCUAAUCAAGAUUAUUGUGAUGAGAGCUAUAAAUACACUUACCCUUGUGCCCCUGGAGCUGACUAUUAUGGUCGUGGUGCUCUCCCCAUCUAUUGGAACUACAACUACGGAUACAUUGGUGACUGCCUACAUGUGGACCUUCUCCACCACCCUGAAUACAUCGAACAAAAUGCGACUUUAGCUUUCCAAGCUGCAAUGUUUCAAUGGUUGACUCCAUUAAAGAAAGGUCAACCAUCAGCCCAUGAUGCAAUGGUUGGGAACUGGAAGCCCACCAAGAACGACACAUUGUCCCACAGGACACCUGGAUUUGGGCUCACCAUGAACAUCCUUUAUGGUGAACGUGUAUGUGGAAAAGGUGACAUUGAUGACAUGAACACCAUUGUUACACAUUACUUGUAUUACCUUGAUUUAAUGGGUGUUGGGAGAGAGGAAGCUGGGGCCCACGAUGUCCUCACAUGUGCUGAACAGAAAGUCUUCAACCCAGCAGCUCCAAAAAAGGCGGCUUCUAGUUAAAGCUUUGGAUUCUUGAAAUAAUAAUAAAAAAAAAUGGUGCCCUUUGAAUGAAUGAAUGUUGGUGUGAAAUGUUUAGGUUGGGGCUUAGUAGUUUGUGAAUGUGAAGCUGGGGAUUGAUGAAUGGAUUGAUUCUUCGGUUUAUAGAUUCAGAAUCGUUUUGUUUCCUAAAUGUUAUUAUUUAUUUUUGUGAAUUUUGUUCUUUUUUUUUUAAAUGAAUAUUACAGACAAGACUUAUAUAAAUGGGUUUUUGUGUUUGCUUUUGUAUUAUAAAGCUUGUAAUAAGUUUGUAUGAACAUGUUUCAUGUUAAUUGUAAAAUUCUUAUUUGUCAGUUCUCUUGGAAA